UCCUCAUCCUUUCCAUCUCCUCCUCUUCAUCCUCCUCUUGUUCCUCUUCUUUGCUUUUGUUGGUGGCUCCUGCAGUGACGGCACAGAAAAGCACAUUGAGAGGGUCGUCGGGGCAGCACCCCUUGGUCCAGAAUCAGACAGUUACAGAGGGGGGGACAGCCAACAUGACUUGCAGGGUAGAGUACAACGACCAAACUUCCCUCCAGUGGUCUAACCCUGCACAGCAGACACUGUUCUUCGGAGACAAGAAAGCUCUGAGAGAUAACCGUAUCGAGCUGGUCCGAGCGUCGUGGUCAGAGCUGACCAUUAGUAUCAGUGAGAUCACACUGGCUGACGAGGGGAUGUACACCUGUUCUCUAUUCACCAUGCCUGUGAAGACCGCCAAGGCCUACCUUACUGUACUGGGGGUGCCAGAUAUGCCAGAGAUAGACGGUCUGACCAAGCCUGCCCUGGAGGGAGAUGAGAUCACUCUGACCUGCAUGACCCACGGCUCCAAGCCUGCUGCCGACCUCCGCUGGUUCAGGAACGAGAAGGAGAUCAAAGGUCAGGACACUGUACUACUAGGUCAGGGGUUAGAGGUUAGAGGUCAGGGGUUAGAGUAUGUAUGACCCACGGCUCCAAGCCUGCUGCCGACCUCCGCUGGUUCAGGAACGAGAAGGAGAUCAAAGGUGCCAAGGAGGUGAAUGCCAGCGGGAAGACGUUCACAGUGACCAAUUCUCUACAGCUGCUAGUAGACAGGGACGAUGAUGGGGCAGCGUACACCUGUAAAGUAGACCACGUAGCCUUGUUACAGACACCACAGCAGGCUACUGAAGUACUGGAGGUGCACUAUGCUCCUCGUGUGGCGAUCACCAAUUCGUUGACGUUCCCUCAGGAGGGUCAGUACCUGAAGCUGGAGUGUGUCUCCAAAGGAAACCCAUCGCCAGACCCUGUGAUGUGGACUAAGGAUGGAGGAGAACUGCCAGAUGUGGAGCGUAUGAUCGUAGAGGGAAGAGAGCUCACCUUCACCACCCUGAACAAAACAGAUAACGGAACGUACCGCUGUGAAGCCUCCAACCACCUGGGCACCAGCAGCGCUGAGUACCUACUGUAUGUCUACGACGUCCCCAGCACCCUCCCUCCAUCCACCACCCCACCUCCCCGCCCCACCCCACCAGACACCACCGUCCCCUUAGACCCCCACCUGGCCUCCUCAGACCCUCCAAACACCAACAACAGAGACCCCAACGCCAUGGGGCAGCAUGGUCCAGACCAUGCUCUGAUUGGAGGAGUGGUGGCGGUGGUGGUCUUCGUCACCUUGUGUCUCAUCAUCGUUCUGGGCCGCUACCUGGCCAGGCAUAAAGGAACGUACCUGACCAACGAGGCCAAAGGAGCGGACGACGCGCCUGAUGCUGAUACAGCUAUCAUCAACGCCGAGGGCAACACACAUGCUGAGGAGAAGAAGGAGUACUUUAUCUAGACUGUAGAGGGCGCUCUGAUCUGCUGCCCACUCUUUCUCUCUGUCUUUAUGUCUCUAUUCCUCUAUCUCUCCCUCUCUCCCCCCUCUCAUUCUCUUUAUCUCUCUCUCCGUCCCUUUCUGUACUUUAUUUAGACUGCAGAGGGGGAUAUGCUGCCGCCUCUUUCUCUCCCUAUUUCUCUCUCUCUCUCUUUCCAUUUUCUCCUCUCUCUCUCUCUCCACUGCCCCUGCUGCAUCACUAAGGAAACCCCUUGGGCAGUCCACAGAGAGGAAAAACUCCACCUUCUCAUUUUUCACUCAUCUCUUCUUUCCUGCUGGCCUUUCUGUUCUCUUUUUUUUAUCAUUUCAUUCCGCCCUUCACUUUUUCUACACUUUUUAUUUUUUAACCGUCCUAGUUUCUGACGCCGGCCUUCGUUUUUAAAGGCAGCGCCCUCUACUGGCUGUCUGGAGAUGUUGCCUUUUAUUUUAAUUUUAAAUUUUACAUAUUUUAUGUGAAAUAAACCCCUGAGAAUCUGCAUAUCCACGUACACCGAGACCACUUCAGACUCCUUAUUAAACGCCUAAACACCUCCUCACACACACGCCCUGUUGCCACACACACACACACACACACACACACACACACACACACACACACACACACAAUACACACGCACACGCACUUGCACUCUCACUCUCACUCUCACUCACACACACUCACACACACACACUCACACACACAUUCCCUGUGUGUAAACACACACCCUCAUGUUUACACGGUGCCUCAAAUAUGCCGCCUUCAUUCACACUGUCAGUGAUGCUGUUAUUUAACUGUUUUAUGUCAUUCAUUUACAUUGAUGCUACAAAUGCUUUCUUCUUAUUUUGCCUGUCAUAUCACAGCUCCGAGGCUUGAACGUUGUUUAAUUAAACAUUUUCGUUUUUUAUUUUAAUUUAAAUAAAUAUGUGUGCUGGUUA